AUGUCUACAGCUACUCGGCGAGGCACGGUGUAUCCUUCUACCUCGGUACAUCGCCGCUACCAAGACGUCGCUUUCCAGAGCCGGGUUCAUGGGCACCACCAGCGUCUUCUCGAGCAGCAUGGCAUGCUACAGGCCAACCCCCAGAUCAGACGGUUUGCAUGGUACGCCCCGUAUUUUCAAGUAUGGCAUCCCAUCCUGUACGUCCUUGACACUCUCCACGCCGAACCAGACCAUAAAGACGCAGAAAAGGCGUGGCGGUAUAUACAGUCUGUGUAUGAGAGGAACCCGUCUAUGAUAUGGGAUAUGAACCGACCGGUCCAUCUCGCCAUGAGGAAUGCGUGCUUAAAAGCAUAUGCCGUGAGGAAUACCCAGCUGGAGCUUCUGUUUAUCGCUCAGCUUCAAAGGCCUGUUGAUAUGAAAGAGAUGGAGUUGAAUGAUGGGAUGCUGGAUUUGGAAAGUAUUUUUGAAGAUGAUCUCUUCAGAAAUGCUCUCUUCCAUAUCUAA